ACAGCUGUCCCCUUUCCUCCAAACCACCGGCUUACUAUUAAGGAGGUUUUUGAUCACGAUGGGAAGCCUCGUGUGGAUGUUCUCAAGGCUCACCUUACCAAGGAAGGCCGGGUGGAUGAGACUGUCGCUAUGAGGAUUAUAACAGAAGGAGCAUCCAUUCUUCGUCAGGAGAAGACCAUGCUGGAUAUUGAAGCCCCAGUCACAGUGUGUGGUGACAUCCAUGGACAGUUCUUCGAUCUGAUGAAGCUGUUUGAAGUGGGCGGUUCACCAGCCUCCACCCGCUACCUCUUCCUUGGGGACUAUGUGGACAGAGGGUACUUCAGCAUUGAAUGUGUGUUGUACCUUUGGGCCUUGAAAAUCUUGUAUCCAAAAACCUUGUUUUUACUUCGUGGGAACCAUGAAUGUAGACAUUUGACAGAGUAUUUCACCUUUAAACAGGAAUGUAAAAUUAAAUAUUCAGAACGAAUAUAUGAUGCGUGCAUGGAUGCCUUUGACUGCCUUCCAUUGGCUGCACUGAUGAACCAACAGUUCCUGUGUGUACAUGGAGGCCUUUCUCCUGAGGUUAACACCUUAGAUGAUAUCAAGAAAUUAGACAGAUUCAAAGAACCACCUGCAUAUGGGCCUAUGUGUGACCUACUCUGGUCAGACCCGCUAGAGGACUUUGGAAAUGAAAAGUCUCAGGAACACUUCACUCACAAUACAGUUCGAGGCUGCUCCUAUUUCUACAGUUACCCCGCUGUGUGUGAAUUCCUACAACAUAAUAAUUUAUUAUCAGUAAUCCGAGCUCAUGAGGCACAGGAUGCUGGGUAUCGAAUGUACAGAAAGAGCCAAACAACAGGAUUCCCUUCACUAAUUACCAUUUUUUCUGCCCCCAACUACCUAGAUGUCUACAAUAACAAAGCUGCAGUUUUGAAAUACGAGAACAAUGUCAUGAAUAUCCGACAGUUUAACUGUUCCCCACAUCCUUACUGGCUGCCCAACUUUAUGGAUGUGUUCACUUGGUCGUUGCCAUUUGUUGGAGAGAAAGUAACUGAGAUGUUGGUGAAUGUGUUAAGUAUCUGCUCCGAUGACGAACUGAUGACUGAUGGGGAGGACGGCUUUGAUGAACAGCUCAUUUAUGGCCAGAAGAAAGGUGCAUCUGCUGCUGCUCGUAAAGAGGUCAUUAGGAACAAGAUUCGGGCAAUCGGCAAGAUGGCCAAGAUGUUUUCUGUCCUCAGAGAGGAGAGCGAAAGUGUCCUGACACUAAAAGGCCUAACUCCCACAGGAAUGUUGCCCAGUGGUGUGCUUGCCGGAGGAAAGCAAACACUCCAAAGUGCAACUAUUGAGGCUAUUGAGGCUGAUGAAGCUAUCCGAGGUUUCUCGCCUCAACAUAGGAUCAGCAGCUUUGAAGAAGCUAAAGGUCUGGAUCGUAUCAACGAGAGGAUGCCCCCUCGCAGAGAUGGCAUGCCCAGUGAUGGCAGCCUGAACUCCAUCAACAAGGCAGUCUCCACAGAGACUAAUGGCACUGACAGCAGUAACAUUCAGUGAUCCUUUGCAGUUUCCAGUUCCAAGGCAUGAUUGUAUUGUUGCCACAUAAGCGGUUUGACAUUCUUGCCUCUGAUUACUGCUGCAUGCUCUGGGAGCCACGUGUUGGACGACAGAUUACAGUAACAGAGUGAUAGUCAGAAAUUGUAUUGUGAUUGUUGACAGUUGAGUUACCUCAGAUGGAUUAUGCCUUUGGUGCUUCUAGACAAGCAAAAGUUAAUGCUGGUUAAAUAUUACACAUUAGAUGAAUCAAAACAUUUUCCUUUUGCAUUGAGGGAACUUACAGAUCUGUUUUGAAAGGCCUUUACUAUACUGGAUAUGGGAACUUUGUCUAGUAAACUCUUUACUCUUCUAGUGUAUGUUUACGAUUGCAGCACUAAAAGUUUGACAUAUUUUAAAAAAAAAUGAAAUUAUGAGGUUGUACAAACUAAAUAAUAGCUGAGAUAUGGACUAUUUAUUAACAACAUUUUUUGCUACUCUGGUAAGAGAGAUGAAACAAAUUAGGCAGUCUUAAAAAAGUUGAAAAAUCAUUAAAAUGCCAAAAAUCUAAUUUGGUUUUGUACAAAUUAUGCUUACCUCAGGUUUAUUUAGUGUGCUUGGUUGCUACCAGUUAUGUAUUUACAGUUAGCUUACUCACUUGGUAGUCGAUAGCCUUUCCAAAAACAAAUUAUAACUGGAAAUUUAUUUAUAACAUUUAUCAUUCAUUUUACUAUUCUACUUCAUUCGCAUUGACUUGGUUGUGGCUUGCUGGAAUUGUAUAUUAAUGAGUGACGCAUUUUUUUAAAUUUUAUUUUAUCUAUGAAAAACAAGACAUACCAUAUAAAAUGCAGUGGAUAGCAUCUGUAGUCUGUAAAACUGGCCUAUGCAUGUUUUUUUUCCAAUUUACGGCUGUACUAGCCUAUAUGGGACUGUAAUGCGCUUAGUGAUCUGACAUAUACUGGAAAUGUAAUGUAUACUGGCAUACUUUAUAUUCACUGUAUGAAAUUGCUUAAUGCCUUUUGAAUUUUUGUAAUGAAAAAAAACCUUGAAAUUACUCAGACAGGGAGUGGAACCUUAGAAAAGUUUUUUAAGUACAUAAGUGCAAACUUAGAAGGUUAGCAUGUUUAGCAGACAUUGUGGAAUUAAAAUCGACUUGUGGGUACAUGUAAAACGCUAGAUGCAUGAUACUGUUUAUGUCACAAUGGUUGUCUUUUUUUUGUUCUGUUCCGUGCCACAAAACAUUUAGUGUAUUUUCACCUCUUUGCUGUGUAUAUCAGUUACGGGUUUGAUACUAUGGUUAAAAACUGGUCCAUAAUGGAAGCUCCAUUGAUCUUUUUUUAACAACUGUAAAUGUGCCCAAGUAAUUCACUACAACCUGAAUGCCUUGCCUUUGUAAUUUGACCUCUGAAAUGUCAGCAGUUUAAGCAUGCACUUGUAACAAUGAGGAAGUAUUUUAUAUUACUAUUUCAAUAAAACAUGCAUGAACUUA